CAACAUCGGUACACUUCCGGUUCCACCUCGCGUCAGGACUCAAGCUACGCCGACGGCGGGAAGCUGUUAUUAUCGAUUUAGCCACAGAUAGUCAUCAGCUGAACCACCAAAAUUGUUCGAAAUCGACAAUUCAUCAUCUUACAUUAAUGGACCUGUAGACGGAAACACGCUAACUGCACGCAAGUAUAGCGGCUUGGGAUUCGUCUAGCAUGGCUAGCGUCGGAAACCAGCUGCCAACACAGGCCGUUAGCAAGUCUGCGCCAGGGAAACAUGGAAAUGUACUGCCCCUGUGGGGCAACGAAAAGACUAUGAACCUCAAUCCCAUGAUUCUAACCAAUGUGCUGUCCUCUCCGUAUUUCAAAGUCCAGCUUUACGAGCUGAAGACCUACCAUGAAGUUGUGGACGAAAUCUAUUUCAAGGUGACUCAUGUUGAGCCUUGGGAAAAGGGAAGCAGAAAGACUGCAGGCCAGACUGGAAUGUGCGGAGGGGUGCGUGGAGUCGGAACUGGUGGUAUUGUGUCUACUGCUUUCUGUCUUCUAUACAAACUGUUUACUCUCAAGUUGACUCGCAAGCAGCUGAUGGGUCUGAUCACUCACACAGACUCACCGUACAUCAGAGCACUUGGUUUCAUGUACAUAAGGUACACUCAGCCCCCAAAUGACUUAAUUGACUGGUACGAUGGGUUCCUGGAUGAUGAGGAGGAGCUUGAUGUAAAGGCAGGAGGUGGUUGUGUGAUGACCAUAGGAGAGAUGCUGCGCUCAUUCCUAACCAAGCUGGAGUGGUUCUCUACUCUUUUCCCCCGGAUCCCCGUGCCUGUGCAGAAGAGUAUUGACCAGCAGAUGAAGGCGAGGCCACGUAAGAUUGUUCAGAAGGAGGAGGUGCAGGAAGAGGAGGAGGAGGAGGAGGAAGAAGAAGAAGAAGGAGCACCAGCAGCAGCAGCAGCCACAUUUGCAGAUUCAGGAAAGCAAGGGGAACGGUGGCGCUCCAGGACACCCAGACGAACGCCCAGCCCACGAAAGUCGCCCAAACGGUCAAGGAGCAGGAGCCACCAGCGUGAGCGUGACCGUCACGGCCCCAGCUUCGACCGAGAGCUGGAGAGGGAGCGUGAUCGCCAAAAGAAGGAGCGAGACGGCAGGGACCGAGAUAGGGACAGAGAGAGACGGCGAUCCCGCAGCGCAGACAGAAACCACGACCGACGAGAACGUAGAAAAAGUCGCAGUGGCAGCCGAGAACGAAGAGGCGAACGCAGAGACAAAGAGAGAGAUGGAGCGGAAGACAGAAACAAGAGGAAGGACAGGGAGCACCAUAAGGAUAGAGGCACAGAAAGAGAGAGGUCCAGGGAUAAGAAAAGUAGGGGAGAAACUGAUGACAGGAGGCACAAGGAUGACAGGGAGAGGCACAGAGAAGAGAGGAAGGCCAAAAGGACGAGUCGGAGUCGAAGCAAGGAAAGGAAGCACAAGAGUGGAGAGGAGAAGAACAGGAAAAGAGAGCGCAGCCACAGCAGAGAUAGAGACAGAGAUGGGGAACGGCGUUCUCACAAACGUAGUCGUAGCAAAGACAAGAGUCAUCACCAGCGCGAGACCAGUAAUGAUCAUAGUAAACAUAGUGAACGCAGAAGGAGUCACAGCACUGACUAAAUGUCGCCUUGCAGCAAUAUUACUCCUUCAGUUCCCCAUUGGUUUCUUCUUUUUAUCUUUACCCAGUUGUCUGAUCCGUCACUUGUGUUAAAGACUAAGUAUGUGAGCACGCCGGACCUCUGGAUGUGUCGUCUUUGGCCAAUGCAACGUUACUUUACCUUUCUGUGUUUCCUGCCUUUUUUCACUCAAGAUUAGAUCCUUGAUAGUCUUCACUUGAAAUUCGAAAGGAGGCAAAAAAUGGCAUUUUAAUUUCUACGGUUGUUGUUUUUUUUUCUUGCCCCAGGAUGAAAUUGGGUUUGUAUAUAAUGUUUUUGAAGCUGUCUACACAUCACAAGUGGUCAGGGUGGCCUUAUUCACCGUUGUGGGUGCGGUCCAUGUAGGAAACUCAGCUCCACACUGUUGUCAUAUAGAUUAUGAAGAAUAGUUGUUAUGUUCAGGCCGCACGAAAGCCAUUUUUUACUAUAUUACAGUGAUGUCUUCAUACCUAAGCUGUUUUAUCUGUUGUUUUUCAAUUAAACAUGCUUUGAACAGUCGAAUGCCGAUGUUAAAGAUUCAUACUUGAGUGGUGAUGUGGCUCACUGGCUUGAGAUAUCUGUCACUGAUUGUGUGUACACAGCCUGAAAAUGUUUAAUUCCUCCAAAGGGCAGUAUGCAAAGGGUAAUUCAUUUUUUUAUUACCACACACACUUGAGCCCUGCUUGUGCUGUGAUUGGGGUUGUUGCUCUGUUGCAUUUUGUUUUCUAUUAAAACACUUUUACUAA